AUGAGCGAGUGCUCGACCCCUGAUAAACCGUCUAAAGCCCGAGCGAACAUAAAAUUCUUACUGAUCCAACCCGUCAAUAUCGAGUUGAGUCAUGCCUUAACGGUAUGUGGCGGUAACAGAGGUUUCCAUGGUAACAAGCGCUGCGCCAAUGACAUUUCGACACCCAUGGCAAAAGUUCAUUUUUCCAACGCAACAGAAGAAGAAGCCCAGUGGAUCAAAGCCUACAACAGACUUCAAGGCACAAACCGGCCGGCUUUUCAAAUGGACAAUGCAUGGUUGACUAUCAACAGCAGUGUACACUUCGACAUCACUAUCUUCUCACAAGAUACUGACUGCUAUAAAUGCCCUUUGCUCGAAACAGAUUUCGCUCCUGGUAAAGAGACCACGACGAUCCUGAUACCGUCAGUUCGACCAAUGGUUGUAAAAUUGGCUAAAGUAAUGCCAGGGAAUCAUUUGGAACCAUUCUGCAACAUGACGCAUCACUUUUUGGAAAGGGGAGAUUACUGGAUGUUCGUCAACUACACAAGUUAUUCUGAUGGCUACUGUAAAAUUUUACGAAUCAACAAUCCACCUGAUAACAAUUAUCCGAUUCUUUACGUGUUUGGUGGCCUGCUUGGUGUCGCCAUUUUCUGGUCUUUUAUCAAAUUCAUUUACAGGAAUCGGUCGCAGAAGUCAGCAUGUUGCAAAAAAGCUGCCGUGUCUCCAAACCGGGAGCCAGCAGAACACAGUACAGAACUGGCGGAAGCGGCAAAUGGUGAAGAGCCAAAAGACAUAGAGAAAGAGAAUGAUCUAAACGAAGAAAAAGUGCAAGAAAAAGAUACAGAAAAGGCGAAAGACAUUGAAGAAAUUAAAAAAGAGACGGCCGAUGUGGCCAAUGGAGAUAAGGCAGUCGAAACUAAAAAAAAGAAACGCCUUCAUUCGUUGGACACGUUACGAGGUAUUGCCAUUAUUCUCAUGGUAUUUGUCAAUUAUGGUGGCGGUGGUUAUUACUUCUUUGAACAUGCGCAGUGGAAUGGCCUCACACUAGCUGAUCUUGUCUUUCCUUGGUUUAUUUUCAUCAUGGGUACAGCAAUGAAUUUCUCUUUCCGUGGUUUGCUCCGUCGAAAAGUUUCCCGCUGUAAAAUAUUACUGAAAGUCCUUCGACGUGCCAUAAUCCUCUUUGCCCUUGGUAUUUGGCUCAAUACGGCUUGGGGACCUGUCGAAUUAAAUAACAUAAGAAUCCCUGGUGUUCUCCAAAGGUUUUCACUUACCUACUUUUUUGUGGCUCUCAUGGAAACAGUGUUUGCUCGGGCAGAGGAUAAACACAAAACUGCUCCAUGGGCAGCAUUUCGAGACAUUUUUCUUUAUUGGCCAGAAUGGUUACUUAAUUUUGCCAUCUUGGCUGUACACCUGGGUAUCACAUUCGCUUUACCAGUACCUGGAUGUCCCACUGGAUAUCUUGGACCUGGCGGUAUAAGCGAAAAUGGCUUGUAUUUUAAUUGCACUGGUGGAGCUGCACAGUACGUGGAUAGAUUGGUACUGGGUGAGAAUCACAUUUAUCAGCACCCAACCUUCAAGGAAAUCUACAAAACAACAAGACCAUACGAUCCGGAAGGCAUCUUAGGAAUUCCAACAUCUAUCUUUUUGUGUUUCCUUGGAGUUCAGUCAGGCCGAAUCCUAAUGACUUUUACAGGCCAUCGAGAGCGCAUCUUCAGAUGGAUUAUAUGGGCCGUGAUUACCGGUGCCAUCGCUGUUGCAUUGUGCAAAGCCUCGGUCAAUGAUGGAGUAAUUCCGAUCAACAAGAAUUUAUGGUCUACGUCAUUUAUCCUUAUAAAUGCCAGUUUUGCAUUUAUCCUUUUAACUAUUCUCUACAUUUUCAUCGACGUCCUUGGAUGGUGGUCCGGUCGUCCAUUCACAUACACAGGCAUGAACUCAAUUGUGAUUUACUGCGCCCACAACAUUUUCGCUAAUUAUUUCCCAAUUAAUUGGACGAUUGAGAAAAUCCACUGGAAAUUGUUGCUGCUGGAUACAUGGGGCACGGCAUUCUGGGUAAUCGUUGCCUUCAUUCUCUACAAAAAGAAAAUAUUUGUGUCCCUUUGA